AUGCGUUUGUCUCCUCGCAUUAUUGCUAUGCAGUUUGGGGGCCGAGUAGCUAGCAGCAUGCAGGUACGUUUCAUCACUGCCUUAACAAAGCCAUCGCCGUUUGUUUGUCCAGAUACCUUUUUCGCCACCGACCUGAUGCUACCUGGACGGUGCUGCGGCUCAAACUGCACCGCAAGGCCAGCCGUGUUUACAAGCGUCAAGACCCCGCCUCAGGUCUAUUUGAAAGGGUAUUUCAAGACAUUUGAUAUCGCGGCUAAGGGCUAA